AUGUUACUUUGGAUUGAUAUACCUCAAAAUGACCCCAAAAUGACCAAUACAAUACAAGCAGAUCAUCCAACAUUAGAAAUCAUCUUUAAACCUACAUAUAAAGAUGCUGAAGAAUAUUUAAAUAACAGUUUAUGUGAAAUACAUAAACGUGAAAAAUUUAUCACUAUAUGUCGAGGGUAUUAUAUACAAGAAAAGAAAAGUUUUACUCAUGUUGCUCAACUUUUUAAGAAUCUUAAUCUUGGAACAAGAUCUUUUGCAGUCUAUACAAGAAGUAAAACAGAUUUAUUAAAACACACACCAGAUCCUCCGAGAAGCGUUGAAAUUUUUGAUAAAAAAAGCGAUUUACUUGAUUUUAUUAAUCAUCAUUUAAAAGAAUAA